AAUGGUGGCGGUGCAUGGGGCCACGUCUGAACCGGCACCGGCGCUGCGAUCAUGAACAGUUCUCGCUGUCCUCCAGGUGCUUGCUGCCUGGAUUAUGAAUACUUCAAAAGAGAAAGAGGUUUCAUCUUGGACUGCGUGGCUGUGUCCAGCAACUCCCUGACCUACGAAAAGGUCCAUCCCAAACUGUGCGAUGUAAUCCCGCCCUACAACGCGCAGAAUGACCCUUACGCCAAGCAUAUUUUCGAGACCAAGUCAAUGAAGAAGCUUCUCAAAAGGACUAAUCAGGAUCAAGGUGGGACAUCAAACAGUGGCUGGCUUGUGGACUAUUUUUACAAAAAUGGACCAGCUCAAAAAUAUCUUACCAGGAGAAAUGUAUAUGGAACAGGUCACUCACAUGACCAAGUAAUCGGCCACAGAGGAUACUUAUCAGACGUCAAACCCAUUGUCGGAUACAACGGAAAGUUUGGCUACAGGAGGAACAUACCCAGUCUGAGAGAAAAGCCUUCCAUUUUCGGAGAACACAGAGGGCAGCAGAGGCAACAAGGUGCAGGUGCAGCGUGCGGCGACCUCCAACCGAAGGGGGCAGCAGUAGCAGCGGCGAUGAGCUGCAGUUACUGCGACCUCCAGCCGAAGGGGGCAGCGGCAGCGGCAGCGGCGAUCGUGGUCACCGAGUUCCCCUGUCGCCGGGCGUGA